AUGGAAUCCACAGUCACCGGUGAACCGUGUCAUGCGUGCGAAAAGCAGGAAACAACUGAUGAACACAGUCGCUGUGGCCGCGGGACGCUGCCGCUGUACCACAUUCAUUCAACGAAAGUGCCAGAAUACAUGAAGGACAAUCCAUACAUCUAUACUGGCUAUAGGGCACAGUAUACCACUAUGAUGUGCCUGCGGAGUUUCCUUGCGGUUCACAAUGAGUCGUUGAACGUGUGGACCCAUGCGUUUGGGUUUGUUGUUUUUGUAUUGCUUUCAAUUCUACUUUUCACGAACGUGGUGCUGGCCCGAGAGUACGUUUGGCACUGUGUAGUUUAUGGAGGCUUUAGUUUUGCUUGCCUAAUGUGUAUGCUAUGUAGCACAGUUUACCAUCUGUUCAUGUGCCAUGAGAAUGAGGCAGUUUCAUUGUUUGUGGAGCUUGUGGACUAUCAUGGCAUUAGUGUCCUCAUAGUGGCGAGUUACAUUCCCCUGCUUUACAUUGGUUUCGCCUGUAAGCCAUAUUACCGGGCAAUUUAUAUGGUGAGCAUCAUCAUGUUUGGUACUUUAAGCGUUGUUUUCUCCUCUCUACCAAGUCUCCGUGAUGCAAAGUAUCGAUGGAUUCGCACAACUGUUUACAUUCUCAUGGCUGUAGGGGGAAUUGUGCCCCUCCUACAUUUCUAUGCCUUUACACCCCACAAUACUGAAAGUAUGAUGCCACUCAAAGGUGUGGCACUCAUGUUUGCACUUUACGGUGCUGGAGUCCUCUUCUACACAUCCCGAAUUCCUGAACGUUGGUUCCCUGGUCGGUUUGACAUAUACCUUUCAAGUCAUCAAAUAUGGCACGUUUUUGUACUUGCAGCCGCCUGUGUUCAUUUUUUCAGUUGCACAGCACUGUAUCAGCAGUGGUUGGUGAGCCGACACAUUUGUUAA